GCUGCGGAAGCGGCGGCCGCGGCGGCCCGUGGCUGCCUGGGCGCCGGGCGGGUGGCAGCGGGUGCCGCGGGUUUGCCGCGCUUCUCCGCCCCACCGUCACCGGCCUUCUGCGUCUCCGCCCGGCGUGACCCACGCCUCUCCUUCCGCCUCCUCGCAGCCCUGGCGGUGCAAGGCAUGAAGCUGAGCAAAGCCCAGUACGAUGAGAUAGCCCAGUUCCUGGGGCACGUGCAGCCCACCCGGCAGAGUCUGAGGAAGCUGAAGGAGAAGUUCCCUAGUCAAUCGCAGUCCACUCUGCUGAGCAUCUUCUCCCAGGAGUACCAGAAACAAAUCAAAAGAACACAUGCCAAGCAUCACACUGCUGAAGCUAUCGAAACUUACUACCAAAGGUACCUGAAUGGGGUGAUGAAAAAUGCAGCUGCCCCAGUAUUACUGGACCUGGCCAAUGAGGUGGAUUUUGCCCCAUCAUUGAUGGCUCGUAUUGUGUUGGAAAGAUUUCUGCAAGAAAAAGAUCAAGCCAUCCCAGUGACCUGGCUGGCCUUCGGCAAUGAGAUUCAAUGCACAUGGCUCCGCAGUCAAAUCAUCAAAUUUCCCUCCUCCAAAACUCUUAUAAAUAGCAUGCUACGGGACCCUUCUCAGAUUCCAGAUGGAGUGCUAGCAAAUCAAGUCUAUCAGUGUACUGUGAAUGACUGUUGUUAUGGACCACUGGUGGACUGCAUCAAACAUGCUAUUGGGCAUGAGCACGAAGUCUUGCUGCGAGAAAUGCUUUUGGAAAAAAAUCUCUCUUUCAUAGCUGAAGAUCAGCUUCGUGCAAAGGGUUAUGACAAAACACCAGACUUUAUUUUAGAAGUGCCAGUAGCUGUGGAAGGACACAUAAUUCACUGGAUUGAAAGCAAAGCCUCAUUUGGUGAUGAAAGUAGCCACCAAGCCCACUUGCAGGACCAGUUUUGGAGCUACUGGAACAGAUUUGGCCCUGGAUUAGUCAUCUACUGGUACGGGUUUAUUGAAGAGCUGGACUGCCAUCGUGAACGUGGUAUCCUGCUAAAAGACUGCUUCCCUACUGACAUUGUGACUCUGCGCCACAGCAUGGCUCAGCGCUGAUGUUGGAGGAAGAGGUACUGUAGCAAAUUUCUGGCACACAGAGGUCCAAAAGAACAAUGUGCAGGAGCUUUCUAUGUGAAUUAUUUCUGAAGGAGUUUACCAUCCUGGUGUUCAAGAAGGGGAAUUUAAAAAAAAAGGUACAACAGUGCUUCAUACUGGAUCAGUUCCACAAGACAAAUAAAGCACACAAAUGGACAGAAGUUCCUGCGUACUUGUUUUCUUGUAAGAGCCUUAUUUUUCUCUUGCUAGAACCACCAGGAUCAGCAGUUCUUUGAGGUGGGUGUUAGCCCUUUGUGAAGUUUUGAGUUCAGUCUCCUUUUUGCAUCCGCAUAGCCACUCAGAGGAGCAAGAUUGGGUCUCAGGUUUGUUCUCUCAGACGUUUCUUAAUGACAGCAGCUUAUUGGGCUUGACACUCCAUGCUAACUAAUACUCAGGAAAGGACAAAAUAUAUUAAAAUGUCAGUGAGAGAUUUGCAUGUAUGCUCAUCAUGUUCAGAUGUUCUGAGAAGAAGAGCUAUGAAUUCAGCUGUAGAAAUAAAGGUCUGAUAACAGUCUCCCUAAAGCACAAGAUGAUGAUCUUUUCCAGAAAGGAAGGGUCUCUAAAACAUUACAAUGCAUCUUUAUCACCUUUUUUUUAGUUUAAGUGUGCCUGUAUGUUUUCAAAACUCAUGUGCAGACGUUUUACAAUCUUGCCUUGAGUGGAAAGGAUAUUAUUCCUAUUCAGGAGUUUUUCAGCUGUAGUUUUCAAAUGCAUACAUAGUAUUUUUAUUUUUAAUUUUUAGUUUUCACCUUAACACUUUGUGGUAAGUUUUAGACAGGAGUUUAUCAAUUUGACAAAUCUUUCCUUUUCAAGAAAGAAAUGUCUUUAAUCAUCUAGUACUCUGUCCCUUGCUUCAGAGAUAAACUAGAACAGCUCCACGGAGUUAUUGUUGUAUAGAGAUAUUUUCCUGUGUUUGAAUGUGUUUUAGUGAAGAGAUUUGUAUUUAAAAAAUAUUCAAGCACCUGUAACUCAUUUGCAUUCAACUAUUUAAGGUACCUGCCUGAUGCUACACGCAGAAGCUACAUUUAGGCUGUUACCCCCCCUAGGACUUUUAACUAUGGUUUAGGUUAGUGGAAUGUGUAAAAUCAACAAGAGAAUAAAAAAGAAGGAAUAACUGAACAUUAUCGUAGAAGAAAAUUCAGAAGUAAUGGUUGUCUGAGUGAAAUGGGUUUUAAAGGCAAACGGUAUUUGUUUUAGCUACUGCAUAUGCUUUCUGUUGUACGAAAUCAUUUAAGUCAAUUUUUACAUGAUACACUAAUGCUGCUUUUUCUUUUUGAAUAAAUUAAAUUUAUCUGCACAGAUGUUGAAAAUUCUGCUAACCUUCAUCAAACCUUUGCUUUAUUUGUUUUUACAUUAAACAAAUUUAUGUGGAGACACACAGAUAAAUCAGUUUAGGCUUAUAUUUGUGUAUUUAUUCCUCUACCUAAUGCUGUGACAUAACAGGUUGAAAAGCGGUACAGCUAUAUUUAAUCAGAGCUUUGUACUCAUCCUCAUAUACUGCCCACUUAAAGGAUCUGUAUUAGAAUGAGGAUGAAAUUAACCACAAAAGUCUGUUUACUGUACCAAUUUCAUUGCAUGCUAUCAAAAAAGCUUUGCCACUACAAAAACUAUGCUGUGUCAUUAUUUUAAAUGCUGAAAGUAAAGCAUAAAAAAAAAGAACUGUUUUGUUAUUAUUACUUGUAUACUGAAAAAAAAAAAACCCUUUAUUUGGCUAUUUUCUCUGUUUAUCAGAUGUAAACAUCAACUUUAAUAUUAAAGAGAAAGGCACUGCU